AUGAGUAGCUCAAGAAAUGUUUCGCGCAGCUCGGAAAAUCCCAACUGGCGGGCGCGCGUUUCUACCCGUGCAGAUAGUAGCUUCUCUAGAUGCAUCGGCGCCUGCCUUUGCCCCACCGCCAUCACAAGCGCAGGCUUUUGAAGCCCUCCUGGCUAGCGGUUUUGCGCGCGUAUCCAUCACGGCCGAGCGUGAGUAUCCCGCCGCCGCACCCGGUUGCCCAGCUUUUCUCAAGGGUGUGCGCUUUGACUCUACGAACUUAAAAAAGUGGUAUGAGGAGGUACUCCCACAUCUAGCCAAGUGCACGUUCAUUGUCUCCUCCACCGCCGAUGUCACGUACGGCGGCAGCAUCUUCGGUUCAACGGCAUUGCCACACAUAUACAAUGCUGUGACAAAGGUAGAACUCCCCAAGUUCUACUGGUUCAGUGGCGUUGCUCUUAAUCGCCAUCACAACCCGUACUUGCAGAUGUGUCGCAAUCUGCCCAACCUGCGUGAGCUGUGCCUUACGAUACAGACCGCUGGGCUGACAAGCCAACGUUGGCCGGAGCGUCAGAUUGUUGCGCUCGAGCGAACGAACCCUGAAGCUGCCAAAGAGCGCAUCGUUCUCUCAGUUCGAGAAGCCGUGCACAGAUACGAGCUCGAUGCCCUUUUUGCAUGCACUUCUCUUCGUCUUCUCCGCUUAGAGUACAUCGAGAGCGCCAUGACGGCGUACUUCUGCCGGGUCGGCAAUCCAGUCGAUGUUCUCCAGAAGCUCAAGGUGUAUCUGGCUCGAGGGUUUGCCCAAAGGGGUUUGGAGGUCGCUGUGAACCUCGCGCGCGUAGAUUAA